CGCCACUCGCCGCCCUUCCCCGGCCGUUCCCAUCGCCGCGAGAGGACGCAGGGAGCUGAGGCCGGGCGUGCGGGGUGCCAUGGAAGGCCGCUGGCGGGCGGACGCGGCGGGAGCGCAGACACUGGCCGGCUGAGGCCCAGGCAUGCGGAGUCCCGGCGGGAGCCUGCUCCACACGCUGCCCCGGGCCUUGCAGCACUCCGAUCGUCUGGGAGGCUCGGAGCAGCCGGGCCGCUGGGCACCGGAGCCGACGGUGGGCGGGGACUGCCCCGAGGACCGCCUUCUCCGCGGGGGCGGGGCCAGCGCGGCUGCUGCGGCGGCGGCGGCCUCGGGCGCCCUGCUCGGCGCCUAUCUGGAGCGCCACGGUCCGCCCGCGGCCUCGGACUUGCCGGCGCCUGCCGGGGCGUUGGCGGGCGGCCCCGGGGGCGGCUGCGUGGUGGUCGGGGUGGCCGAGGUGAGAAACUGGCGGUGCUGCUGCCUCGGCAGCACCUGUUGGUGCCGGAGCCUCGUGCUGGUGUGCGUGCUGGCCGCCCUGUGCUUCGCUUCCCUGGCCCUGGUCCGCCGCUACCUGCAGCACCUCCUGCUCUGGGUGGAGAGCCUCGACUCACUGCUCGGUGUCCUGCUCUUCGUCGUGGGCUUCAUCGUGGUCUCCUUCCCUUGUGGCUGGGGUUACAUCGUGCUCAAUGUGGCAGCCGGCUACCUGUAUGGCUUCGUGUUAGGCAUGGGGCUCAUGGUAGUGGGCGUCCUCAUCGGAACCUUCAUCGCUCAUGUGGUUUGCAAGCGGCUACUCACCGCCUGGGUGGCCGCCAGGAUCCAGAGCAGCGACAAGCUGAGCGCCGUUAUCCGCGUGGUGGAGGGAGGAAGCGGCCUGAAGGUGGUGGCGCUGGCCCGGCUGACUCCCAUACCUUUUGGGCUUCAGAAUGCAGUGUUUUCGAUUGCUGAUCUUUCCUUACCCAACUAUCUAAUGGCAUCUUCAGUUGGACUGCUUCCCACUCAGCUUCUGAACUCUUACCUGGGUACCACGCUGCGGACGAUGGAAGAUGUCAUCACAGAACAAAGUGUUAGUGGAUAUUUUGUCUUUUGUUUACAGAUUGUUAUAAGCAUAGGCCUCAUGUUUUAUGUAGUCCAUCGAGCUCAAGUGGAAUUGAAGGCAGCUGUCAUAGCUUGUGAGAUGGAACUGAAAACCUCCCUGGUUAAAGGCAGUCAGCCAGACCCCAGUGGCCCUUCCUUCUACAACAAGAGGACCCUCACAUUUUCUGGAGGUGGAAUCAAUAUUGUAUGAUUCUUACAAACUGAUUGUCAGAGCCUCCUGUGCUCUGUAGGCCUAUAGUCACUUACCUAGUGGCAGAUACAAGUGCUGUCGUGUUAUGGCACAAACAAACUGACUAGUUUUUAAAUUGCACAAAUUUUCUAAAAGCAAGAAUCAUUUUCUGGGUUUGUAAAUGUAAAUGUAGACGCAGCUUUGGCUGCCCCUUGUUAUACCUGUAAUGCCUAUAGGUGUGCACUUUAGUGUUAUUGAAUUGUUUUAUUGCUGGAACUUAUGAACAGAGAAAUAACCCAAAUAUUUUUUCUGUUUAGUAUUUUUAUUUAUAAAGCCCAUAAAUAGUUAUGUGCAUCUGUCUUUAAAGAUAAGUAAAAGUAUGCAGUUCUAAAUGUUAUCAUUGUUGGAUGUUCUUUGCUUAGGUAGUCUUUCCAGAAGGGGUAAACUGUGUUUUUUUGUUUGUUUUAGCUUUUGUUUUGUUUUCUUAUUGCCUUGUUUGUUUUAAGUAGGACAACUUUGCUUCAUUUUCUUUGCUUGUAAGAAAAUAGAUGUAUUUCAGUUGAAUAUAUGUUAUCAAGCAUUAUGUCUUUGUGGGCCUUUUACACCCCCUACCUUUUCAUACAAGCUUAAAUCCUACAUUGUGGGACUGAAGUGCUCUUAAGAUUCCUGUUUAUUUUCACUGUGUAAUGUGCAAAGCAAAGGGAACUUAUCUAGUGGGUGGUGGCUCAAAAGUGGGACCCACAUUCUUAUUUGAUUAUAUUGGUUUCACCCUUUAGACUUCAUCGAAGGGCUGGCUGAUAGCACUCUUAAUAAACCAUUUCCCUUUUUAUAUUCAUAAUUAGGCUUUGAAAUAAAUAUUUUAUUCCUACAAAAUGGUGGGCUUACCAUCUGUGAAGUUGUCAUUCAGGUGGCCUUGUUUAGUCAAAAUGCCUCGUUAAAAAGAACCAAGCUUUAAAAUCAUGUUUAUAGUUCCAUUAAAGUACUUAUGUAUUUGUCCCCAUAGUCUUCAGCUUUAAAACUAUAAACAUAACAUUAACAAAAUGCCCUUGUUUGUGUUAUCUGCUGUGUUAUUGCUGUUUUGGGGGGAGCUUUGGUAUUCCUUUUCCCUGACAAGACUCAGGAAUUCUGAAAUGUGAAGUUUUCUCAAUUCUUUUUCUUGUAGCAUGUGUGUUUACUAACAGCACUUAGGACUGUAGAAUACAAUAAUCCAACAUGAUUCAUAUGGCGUGCAUUCAUUAAUCAGCUUUAUUUUUAAAGUAGUUUAAUUGUGAACUUAAUGGUUAGUUGAUUUUGUUUGUUACAAAUGAGAUUGUAGAGAUACGGUAACAUUUUCUUUUAAGUACUUCAUUUUCUCUGGCUUUUCCAACUUAUCAGAGCUCUGUCCUCUGCAUUUUCCUUGAAGUAAAACCUUUGCCCUGGUUACUGCUGACCUGAUGUAAUCCUUUGCAAGCAGAUUUUUCUAGUCUUACCCUAGAGAUGAAUUUGAACAUGUUUAUCAUUUUGUCCUAUUCAGGAUAUUUUCCUUCUCUUACUGAUGCAUAAAUUUCUUUGCCUUUGAGUAGCAGUAGAAGACCAGAGUAACUGUGAUGAGAAGCACUUGGUCUACAGCUCAUGAUGGCCUCCAGAUCUUUUUGUUAUUGGUAGAAAAAAUAACUAUAUGUACUUUGAGCCCCCAUUGCCUAUUUAGUUUUAAAUUUUAGUUUAGUUUAACUAUCCCAAUAAAGGAAAUAUUUGAUUUAUUCUUUUUGGUAUGUCUUGGCAACAUUUUUCUUGUGUUUCUCAUUAGUUACUUUUUGUUAGGUGAAUAUUAAUAUUUAAGAUCACUGUUUUCAUACUUGUUUUACAACUCAUUUAUUUUGAAGUGCAUCCUAUUUACUUAGCAUUUGUGACUUGAACAACUUCACCAAAUAAGUAUCAUUUGGUAGUUUGUCAUGAGUUCUUCCAGAUGUUAACACUUUCCCAGUAUUUGUAAUAUAUAAAGGUAAAAAAUCAUUUUUUGUAUUCUGCCAAUCAUAAUUUUAUAUAAUAAAUCAUCAACUUUCAUAAUAGUAUGGAUUGACCAUUUCUAAAAUACUAACCUAGCUAUACUUUCCCAGGGUCCCAGUAAUCAGCAGUCUAUUAUUGCCAUGUUAUUUGAUAGGUGCAUCUAAUGGCUAGUGUCUAGGUGAUAUUUAUGUUCACUGCAGUGUGUGCAACAUAGCUAUGCCGUGCUCACUCUGUCUCUAACCCUGCAAGCUAGACUUACGGCAGCAAUGGUUUCAUAUUGGGUUGGGUACAUAUUACCUCCAGCCAUAUGUAUUCAUGAAAUGCAUGUUCACAGAAAUGAAAUGUUGGAUUCUCUCACACUGGUUAGCAACAGUCCGACGUCGCUUUAUGUUCAUUUAGAGUUCACCUAGCUUUCAUAUCUGGUGAAAGUUUUGUUCUGUUUUUCCCUAAGAUUGUCACUUUGACAACUUUGUAUUACUUCUUUUUAAAACCAUGUUUAUUCUUACUGUGCUUUUGUGUCAUUUUUAUUUGAUCAUCUGAUUUGUGAAUUAUUGAAAUUUGUACUUUUGAUGAAAAUCGUAUCAUCAAGUCUCUGUCAUUAGAAUGUUCAUUUGAGUUUAUGUUUGGAAGUGACUGGAUUUAUUCAGAGUCAGCCAUACUUACCCUUCAUGCUCUGUAACCAGCUGCUAAUAUUCCACAGUGGCUUUCCCCAGUGCCCACGUGCGUGACUGUCAGACAGCCUCCCUCCUGCGAAGCUGUUAUGGUCAGUACUUAUUUGCCCUCACUGUAAGCAAGCUAUAUGGUUGAGGUGCACACUUGCCCCCAGCAUUGUAUGUAUUUGCCUGUGGUGGCUUUUUGGACUCUUCCUGGAGAAGUUGCUAGAAUUUAAAUCUGUUGUCCAGGAGACUAUCUUUCCAGUUCUUGAAAGCUGCUAGGUGUGUGACAUAUUGGUGCAAAUAAAUCCUUACUGUGUGGUAAAUGUAUGCCAUUCACAGAAAAGGAGCAUUUGAAGAGAAGGUUUAUUGUGAAGCCGGAGAACAAUCGUAACUAGGUUGAUGACCUUGGUGCUGAGAUUUUGUUUCAGCCAAAGGCUACUACUCCCAGGCUCUGAACGGUACUCCAUGUAAUACUAUCGGGCUUCUCAGAUUAGAGUUUUCUGGUUUCUCCUAUAAUAAGGUAUUUAGGAUAUAUAUUUUCAUGGUUAUUGCUUUAAGCUGAAAAGCCAUUUAAAUGAGGAGAGGGAUUUCUCUCAUGGAAAAUUUAAAACUCAGGAGUUCGAAUAAACUCACAUAUUGAACAGACACUGUUGACUUCACAACUAAAUUAUAACCUGGUAUAUCUGAACUGCAGAGUGAUUGCUGCAAGCUGUUCUCAAAGGUGGUUGGGAUUUACAGUAGAGAAUUCCAACAGCGAAGCAGUGCAAUGUCUUGGAAAUUGCUAUCCCACAUCACUCGUGUGCCUAAGAAAAUAAAAGGAACUAUUUUA